UCACCUGUGAACAGGAUCCCACCCUCCACAGCUCACACCAUGGCCCACUCCAGCUGUUCCUCUUGCUGCAAGCCUACCUGCUGCAAGACCACCUGCUGGAAACCAGCCUGUGUCACUAGCUGCUCUAGCACACCCUGCUGUCCACCUAGCUGCUGUGGAUCCAGCUGCUGCCAGUCAUGCUGUCCUCCAACUUGCUGUGAAACCACCUGCUGCAAGACCACCUGCUGCAAACCAGCCUGUGUCACCAGUUGCUGCAGCACACCCUGCUGUCCACGCAGCUGCUGUGUGUCCAGUUGUUGUGGUAAAUCCAGCUGUGAGUCCAGCUGCUGCCAGCCCUGUUUUACCCCAACUUGCUGUGAAACCACCUGCUGCAAAACCACCUGCUGCAAGCCAGCCUGUAUGGUCAGCUGCUGCAGCACACCCUGCUGUGAGCCCAGCUGCUGUGAGCCUUGCUGCUGCCCCAGUUGCUGCAUCAUUCCCUGCUGCCAGCCCUGCUGCCCUCCUACUUGCUCUCGAACCACCUGCUGCAGGACCACCUGCUCCAAAAAAUCCCAUGUGACCCGCUGCUGCAGCACACCCUGCUGCCAGCCCUGCUGCUGUGUGUGCACCUGCUGCCAGCCUUGCUGCCCGUAAUCAACUCUCCAAACACCAGCAUCUACACAAAAUCCUCUCAACCUGCUUGUCUUACCUGAACAAAUUCUUUUCCUACCUUGGCUGAUAAACAUCAGACUGUCAAAAGAAAUUAUGUCCAUCACCCCCCAUUAAGACCUUGUAAAUCACCUUGAGGGAGUGCAGACCACCCCACUCCCAUCCACUUCUUCCUUAGGUCUUUUGGACCUUGGUUUUAACUCAUAGGUCCUGGAUGUGGAUGUGUGCUCUUGAUUGGAAUUCUGGAGCCAAAUUCUUUAUCUUUCCAUCUAAAGGACAUAGUAACACACUCCUUCAGAAGAAUUUAUAGGUAUAUGCAUGUGCUCCUUCGUCCUUACAGUCAUGGUUUCUUUCCCAGUGUUCUCCUUAUUCCUGUUUGCCAUUUCUUCUCUCAGAAUCACCUUCAGUUGGCUUCCUCGGUACAUCCCUUCUUCACAAAUU